CGAAUCCAUAAUAAUAACAGAAACAGAAAUCCAUCUAAAAUUCACGUGUAAGCACAGAAUCGAUGGCCAGAGUCCGAACAUUGGAAUAAACAGUGUUUUCCAAAGGAAAACAUUUUCCAGUGGCUCCAUAACAGUGAAAGUGUGAACAAGUUGAAGUCGAUCAUUAAAAUAUUAUUGGAAUGUUGGGGCCAAGAUUGUUAGGAAUAUGUGGAGUUGGAAUUUUUCAAGUUCCCGUUCAAGUGGCUGCUCUUAGGCCAACAGUGCUAACUGGGCUCAGGUUUUCCUCAUCCAGCACUAGAUUAUGGACACCUGCUCAGGUGGCAUUCGAAAAAAAAGGAAUUCUAGAAAAAAAACAAUCAACUGUUACCGAAAGAAGUCAACUCAAAUAUGCAAGGAGACUGGUAAUAAAAUUAGGCAGUGCUGUCAUCACAAGAGAAGAUGAACACGGUUUGGCUUUAGGACGAUUAGCUUCCAUUGUCGAACAGGUAGCCGAAUGUCAACUUGAGGGCAGAGAGUGUAUAAUGGUGACCAGUGGUGCUGUAGCUUUCGGGAAGCAGAAACUUACUCAAGAACUACUUAUGUCCCUUUCUAUGAGAGAAACACUUUCACCGCUAGAUCAUACGAGAGAGGAUGCUUCCACACUUCUCGAACCUAGAGCAGCUGCUGCCGUUGGCCAAUCAGGUCUUAUGUCAUUGUAUGAAGCCAUGUUUUCCCAAUACGGAGUGAAAAUAGCUCAAGUUCUAGUCACAAAACCUGACUUUUACAACGAAGAAACUCGCAAAAAUCUGAUAAGUACAUUGACAGAACUGAUCAGCCUCAACAUCGUUCCUAUCAUUAAUACAAAUGAUGCUGUAUCACCACCUCCACAAGUUGAUGAGCCUAUUGGUGGUAAGGCUGGUAAAAGAGGGAUCUCAAUUAAGGAUAACGAUAGCUUAGCGGCCAUGUUGGCAGCUGAGGUUCAAUCUGACCUACUCAUUCUCAUGUCAGACGUAGACGGUAUCUAUAACAAACCACCAUGGGAACAGGGAGCCAAGUUUUUAGAUACGUUCACAUCAGAUCUGAGGCACACGAUUGAGUUUGGACAGAAGUCUAAAGUUGGCACUGGCGGUAUGGAUUCGAAAGUUAAUUCUGCCACGUGGGCGCUGGACAGAGGUGUUUCAGUGGUGAUUUGCAAUGGUAUGCUGGACAAAGCAAUAAAAACGAUAUUGUCCGGAAGAAAAGUUGGAACCUUCUUCACCGAGAAUACUUUGAGUGGUGGUGUCCCUACGGAAGUGAUCGCAGAAAAUGGUGGGUAUAGUUUUGGUUUAUUACAGUACAUUAUAUUUGGGUAUUGGAAAAUUAUAUGUUUCAAAUCUGCCGUUGGACUGAAACAAAUUGCAGACAGCAGUCACAAUAAUGUCGGAAGGGUGCUCAGGCGGACCAAGCUUGCAGAUGGCCUCGAAUUGAAACAAAUAACAGUACCUAUCGGCGUACUCAUGGUCAUAUUCGAAUCGAGACCUGACUCUUUACCGCAAGUUGCUGCUCUGGCAAUUGCCUCUGGAAACGGAUUGUUACUCAAAGGAGGCAAAGAAGCUGCACACAGUAAUAAAGCCUUGAUGGAACUGGUGAAGGAGGCUUUGAACACCGUAGGGGCAACCGAAGCUAUUUCGUUGGUAUCAACAAGAGAAGAAAUCGGGGAUCUGUUGUCAAUGGAGCAACACAUUGAUUUGAUCAUUCCAAGGGGCAGUGGAGAAUUGGUUCGCAGUAUUCAAGAUCAAAGUAAACAUAUACCAGUCAUGGGACAUGCUGAAGGUAUUUGUCACGUCUACGUGGAUAAGGACGCCGAUCUAUCAAAAGCCGUUAAAAUUAUUCGCGAUUCGAAAUGUGAUUAUCCAGCAGCUUGCAAUGCCAUGGAGACCCUUUUGAUUCAUCAAGACCUCAUGGAAGGAGAUUUUUUCUCCGAAAUAUGCAACACCUUCAAGAAGGAAGGGGUUCAAAUCAAUGCAGGGCCCGUUCUAAAUCAACUUUUGACUUUCGGCCCUCCUCUGGCUAAGAGCAUGAAACAUGAGUACGGUUCUUUGGAGUGCUGCAUUGAGGUUGUUAAGAAUAUGGAUGAAGCCAUCAAUCACAUUCAUACCUUCGGAAGUGGCCACACUGAAGUAAUCAUUACCGAAAAUAAGGAAAGCGCUGCCACCUUCCAGAAAAAAAUCGAUAGUGCUUGUGUUUUCCACAAUGCUAGUUCAAGAUUUGCGGAUGGAUUCAGAUUUGGACUGGGAGCUGAGGUUGGUAUCAGCACUGCUAGGAUUCAUGCUAGAGGUCCUGUUGGUGUUGAAGGACUUUUGACCACCAAGUGGGUUUUGAAUGGGGUUGAUCACGCCGCAGCUGACUUUGCGGAAGGCGGAGAUCGUACCUGGUUACAUGAGCCUCUACCUGUCGACCAGUAGAAUCCUUUUGAUGUUUUAAUUGAGAUAUAAAAAUUGUUCAUAGAAAAUUUUUGCCUCUUUAAUGUUUCAAUUUUUUCACAAAGUAGCAAUUUUUUUGUAACAGAAAAUUCAAUUGUUGUUUUCAAGUAGUAAUUUCAUAACAUUAAAUAUCGACAGAUACCAUUUGGAGAAAAUUAGAAAAAUUCCUUUCAAAUUCACAGAAGUUCUAGAUCUAUUAGUUUAUUCACAGACAUUCUGCUUGAAAGGAUGUAUAUUUGUAUAUUAUGAAUUGUUCUUAGUGUAAUUUAUGUAAUUUCCCAUGUGAUAAUAAAUUAUUUUUACUUAUAA